ACCUGAUCGCGCAGUCUGACGGAAGCAUCAUGUGUGGCAAGUUGUGGUCGCUCCUCCAUUUGCUGUGCCUCGCGCUGGCCAGCUGUGGGGCAGCCAGCGACGAGUAUUACACGGCGGGCGUGGCGGAAUUUCGCCCGGCACUGACCGGCGGCAGCUCGGAGCAGCUGCUGCAGGAGAAUCUGUCCGCCUAUCUGGAGCUAAUUGAGGCGGCCAAUGGCACAGCCGAUAUACUCGUCUUUCCCGAGGGCACACUGAACAGCCAGCUGCAGUUGACGGCGGUGCCGGCGCCCUCGCGUCGCACCCUGUGCCACAUAACGACCGGAUAUGAGGUGCACGAUUUCCUGCGGCAACUGGCCUGUGCCGCUCUUGUCGCCCACAGCUAUCUGGUGGUCAAUGUCAAGGAGCGGGAGAACUGUGCGCCGGACAACGAUUGCCCCGCCCGCGGCUAUCGGCUGUACAACACGAAUGUGGUGCUGGAUCGCGGUGGGGCGGUGGUGUCGCGUUAUCGCAAAUGGAAUUUAUAUCUGGAGCCGCAGCUGAAUCGCACCCGGGCGCCCGAAUAUGCCAUCUUCAAUACGGACUUCAAUGUGACCUUUGGCCAUUUCAUAUGCUUCGAUAUGCUCUUCUAUACGCCCGCCCAGGAGCUAGUCGAGCGCUAUGAUUUACAGCAUUUGAUUGUCAGCAAUAUGUUCAAGUCGGAGCUACCCUUUCUAACGGCCAGCCAGCUCCAGCAGGGCUGGGCCUGGGCGAACAAUGUGAAUCUGUUGGCAGCUGGCGCCAGUCUGCCCCACGGCGGCAUCACCGGCAGCGGCAUUUAUGCGGGUCGUCGCGGCGCUCUCGUCCGGCGCAUGGUGGGCGACACAGCCACCGGCGAGCGCCAGCUAUUGCUGGCCCGCGUGCCACGUUGGCCACGUCUGGAGAGCAGUGCCUUGGAGCUGGACGCGGAGCGCUGGGGUCCGGCGCAGCUUCAGCUGGAGAUGCUGCAGCAGCCGCAGCUGGAGGAGUUCAAUAGCUGGCAGGUGCCGCUGCUCAAUGGCAGUCUGCAGCAGCAGCGUCUCUGCCAGGCGGAUCUCUGCUGCGACUUUGAGCUGCAAACGGAGCUGGAGGCAGCGGCCCGGACCACGUACAACUAUCGCCUGGGCGUCUUUGUCGGCCAGCGUCGUUACGAGGAGGAGGAGUACACGGUGGUCCGGCUGUGCGGCCUCUUUGCCUGCCGCAACGACAGCAUCCUCAGCUGCGGCCUGCUGGCCGAGCAGCCGGCGGAGCCAAGCCCAGAGCCUCGAGCAGCUGUGCUCUUUAGACGGCUGCGUGUCGCCGGCGAGUUCGUGCAGCGGCCGCGACGCCUGCUCAUGCCCAGCACGCUGAGCGGUGCGCUGUAUGCCCUGCAGGCCACCGAAAUCGACUGGUCCGUGCGGCCCGAUGCUGAGGGGGCGUGGCGCGGUGAGCUUGUGACCCAGGUGCAGCUGGUGCUGAAAAAGUCGCACUCGCAGCUGUUGACCUUUGCCAUCUAUGGCAACUACUUUGAUGAGUAUGCUGCGGAUGGUCAGGGCGGGGGUGGGGGUGGGGGUGGCGGGGUCAUCUCUCAGCUGACCGGAGGCGUUUGGGGCAUGGCUGUCGGUUUGCUGCUGUCUUAUCAUGCGGCUAACCGCUGA